CCCCAUACUCGUUACUUUCGCUCGUCAAAGGCCACACUCUCUCCAUUGAGCUCUCCUCCACUCUCAUUAGAUAACAUUCACAGUUCAUCCUUCCAUGGCUGCUGCCAUCUCCACCAUUGGUGCCGUCAACCGAGCACCGUUGAGCUUGAAUGGCUCUGGUGCUGGAGCUACAGUUCCAAGCUCAGCUUUCAUGGGGAGCAGCUUGAAGAAAGUGAGCUCAAGAUUCAACAACGGCAAGCUUCCAUCAGGAAGUUUCAAGGUUGUUGCAGCCAAAGAGGGCGAUGAAGAGAAGCAAACCGACAAGGACAGAUGGAGAGGUCUUGCUUAUGAUGUAUCUGAUGACCAACAAGACAUCACCAGAGGGAAAGGUAUGGUCGACACCCUCUUCCAGGCCCCCAUGGGAGAUGGAACUCACUACGCUGUCAUGAGUUCCUAUGAAUACAUGAGCCAAGGGCUUCGCACAUACAACUUGGACAACAACAUGGAUGGUUUCUACAUUGCCCCUGCAUUCAUGGACAAGCUUGUUGUUCACAUCACCAAGAACUUCAUGGCCCUCCCUAACAUUAAGAUUCCUCUCAUCUUGGGUAUCUGGGGAGGCAAAGGUCAAGGAAAAUCUUUCCAAUGUGAGCUUGUCUUUGCCAAGAUGGGAAUCAACCCAAUUAUGAUGAGCGCCGGAGAAUUGGAAAGUGGAAACGCUGGAGAACCAGCUAAGUUGAUCAGGCAAAGGUACCGUGAGGCAGCUGAUAUCAUCAGGAAAGGAAAAAUGUGCUGCCUCUUCAUCAACGAUCUUGAUGCUGGAGCUGGUCGUCUUGGAGGAACCACCCAAUACACUGUCAACAACCAAAUGGUGAAUGCUACUCUCAUGAACAUUGCUGAUAACCCAACAUGCGUGCAACUCCCUGGUAUGUACAACAAAGAAGAGAACCCUCGGGUCCCGAUCAUUGUCACCGGUAACGAUUUCUCAACAUUGUAUGCUCCUCUCAUCCGUGAUGGUCGUAUGGAGAAGUUCUACUGGGCACCUAACAGGGAAGACAGAAUUGGUGUCUGCAAAGGUAUUUUCAGGAGUGACAAUGUUCCUGACGAUGACAUCGUCAAGCUUGUUGACACCUUCCCUGGCCAAUCCAUUGAUUUCUUUGGUGCCGUGAGGGCCAGAGUUUACGAUGACGAAGUGAGGAAGUGGAUUGGAGAGGUUGGAGUUAACACUGUUGGCAAGAAGCUUGUGAACUCAAGGGAAGGACCUCCAACUUUUGAGCAACCCAAGAUGACCAUAGAGAAGCUCCUGGAAUACGGAAACAUGCUUGUUGCAGAGCAAGAGAAUGUGAAGAGGGUCCAACUGGCUGACAAGUACUUGAACGAGGCUGCCCUUGGUGAAGAGAAUGAGGAUGCUAUCAAAAGAGGAACUUUCUACGGUAAAGCAGCCCAGCAAGUUGGUGUUCCAGUUCCUCAAGGAUGUACUGAUCGAAAUGCCGAUAACUUCGAUCCAACCGCUAGAAGUGAUGAUGGAACCUGUACUUACAAAUUCUAAACCUUUUCUAGGAUAUAUUGGUAUAAGAAAAAAAAAAAAAAAAAAAAAAAACCCUUUUCUUAGGUGAUGUGAGACACUCCACAAUAUUAGUCUGCCUUCUAAGUGGAUUUGUAUCCUCUAUUUUUGUUUUAUAAAUCUACAACUUUCUUCUGUCUUAA